CAGCAGGAAGGAGUUGGAGGCGGGGAGGAGACCCGCCCACCGGUGACGCCACCAAGCGUCCUCCGCCCCCGCGAGCACCCUCACCUUCCGGGGGCGGAGCUUCGGCGCAUCAUGGCGGCUGGCCGGGUUCAGGCCCCUUCCACUGAACAAGCUUGGCUUGAGGAUGCUCAGGUCUUCAUUCAAAAGACCCUGUGUCCAGCUGUCAAGGAGCCUAAUGUCCAGUUGACUCCAUUGGUAAUUGAUUGUGUGAAGACUGUCUGGUUGUCCCAGGGAAGGAACCAAGGUUCUACACUGCCCCUCAGCUACAGCUUCGUCUCAGUACAGGACCUCAAGACUCACCAGCGUCUCCCAUGCUGCAGCCACCUGUCCUGGAGCAGUAGUGCAUACCAGGCCUGGGUCCAAGAGGCUGGACCAAAUGGGAACCCCCUCCCCCGAGAACAGCUGUUACUUUUAGGGACACUAACAGACCUAUUGGGGGACUUGGAGCAAGAGUACAGGAAUGGAAGCCUCUAUGUGAGAGAUAACACUGGCAUCCUGAGCUGUGAGGUCAUAGACCUGGACCUUUCUUGGUUGGGCCAUCUUUUUCUGUUCCCUAGUUGGAGUUACCUCCCUCCUGCCAGGUGGAAUUCCUCUGAGGAGGGGCAUUUGGAGCUGUGGGAUGCCCCUGUGCCAGUAUUUCCUUUGACCGUCAGUCCUGCCCCCCUCACUCCUAUCCCUGUCCUCUACCCAGAGAGUGCUUCCCGCCUGCUCAGCCUCAGAAACAAGCUCAGAGGUGUGCAGCGAAACCUGGCUGGGAAUCUGGUUCAAUUGAGUUCCCUGGUGAAAAGUAAAGAGAAAGCAUACUUCAUCCUGUCUCUCGGUAGUUCACACUCAGCUGUCACCCGCGUGUCCAUCAUUGUGCAGGUCCCUGCCCAGCUGGUGUGGCACAAAGCCCUGCGGCCUGGUGCAGCCUAUGUGCUGACGGAGCUGCGAGUGUCCAAGAUCCGUGGUCGUCGUCACCGUGUUUGGAUGACCAAUCCCUCCUCCCAUCUGUUGCUGCUGAAACCAGAAUGUGUGCAGGAGCUGGAACCGGAGCUGGAAGGACCCCUCUUAGAGGCUGACCCCAAGCCACUCACCAUGCCCAGCAAUUCCCAGGACAAGAAGGAUCCAAAAGGUCUUGUCCGGGAUUCUAGACUCCUGUCGUAUACGGGAGCAGUCACUGGUGUGUUGAAUGAGCCUGCUGGCCUCUAUGAGCUGGAUGGGCAGCUGGGGCUCUGCCUUGCCUACCAGCAGUUCCAUGGCCUCAGGCGGGUGAUGCGGCCAGGACUGUGUCUGGAGCUCCAGGAUGUUCACCUGCUCCAGUCAGUGGGUGGGGGGACAAGAAGGCCAGUGCUCGCCCCCUGCCUCCGUGGCGCUGUUCUGCUUCAGCGCUUCUCUUGUCAGAAGCCUGGGACUCACUCAUCUCGCCAAGCCUACGGGGCCUCUCUGUAUGAGCAGCUGGUGUGGGAACAUCAGUUAGGACUUCCCCUCUACCUGUGGGCUACCAAGGCCCUAGAAGAGCUGGCCUGCAAGCUGUGUCCCCAUGUGCUGAGACACCACCAGUUCCUGCAGCAUUCCUCUCCUGGGAGCCCCAGUCUGGGACUGCAACUCCUGGCUCCCACCCUGGAUCUUCUAGCUCCACCACGCAGUCCCAUUCGGAAUCCACACAAUGAGAUCCUUGAAGAGCCACAUCACUGUCCCCUACAGAAAUACACUCGGCUGCAGACUCCUUCCUCCUUCCCCACUCUGGCCACCUUGAAGGAAGAAGGACAGCGUAAGGCCUGGGCCUCCUUUGACCCUGAGGCCCAUCUGCCCCUCCUGGAGGCCUCCCACCUGCCCAGCUGCCAACUCAAUCGCCGCCUGGCUUGGUCCUGGCUCUGUCUGCUACCCUCUGCCUUCCACACACCCCAGGUUUUACUUGGGGUUCUGGUGGCUUCAUCUCAUAAAGGUUGUCUACAACUUCGGGACCAAAGUGGUUCCCUGCCCUGCCUGCUCCUGGCCAAGUACUCUCAACCCCUCAAUGACCCACGGCUGAUAGGCUGCCUGGUGCGGGCAGAGAGGUUUCAGUUGAUCGUAGAGAGGGACAUGAGAAGCAGCUUCCCUUCCUGGAAGGAGCUGAGCAUGCCAGGCUUCAUCCAGAAGCAGCAGGCCAGAGUCUAUGUCCAGUUCUAUCUGGCUGAUGCCUUGAUCCUGCCUGUGCCCAGACCCUUCCUUCAUUCAGCCAUACCCUCAACACCUCAGACAGAUCCCACCGGCUCAGAGGGACCCCACCUAGGACAGAGCCGGCUAUUCUUGCUCUGCCACAAGGAGGCCCUCAUGAAGCGGAAUAUUUGUGUCUCCCCAGGAGCAAGUCCAGAGGUGCCCAAGCCCACCCUCAGUUUCUAUGUGUCAGGGAGCUGGCUUGGGGGCACCCAGAGGAAGGAAGAGACUGGAUGGGGGCUGCCCGAGCCCCAGGGAAAUGACGACAAGGAUCAGAAGGUUCGCCUCGGUUUCUUUGGCUCUUCAGUCCGCUGGUUUGAGUUCUUGCACCCAGGGCAAGUGUACCGCCUCAUAGCUCCUGGCCCCACUACGCCAGUGUUGUUUGAGAAGGAUGGGUCAUCCUACAUGUCUCAGCGUCCUCUGGAGUUGGCUGGCUGUGCACCCAGCCUCACUGUCCGGGACAAUUGGACUCUGGAGCUUGAGAGCUCCCCGGACAUCCAAGAUGUACUGGAUACAAACAAGGCAUUGCCUGAAUCCUCACUGACCGACCUGCUCAGUGGCAAUUUCACAGAUUCCCUGGUGUCAUUCUCUGCUGAGAUUUUGUUCCGGACACUGUGUGAACCCCUUCCGGCCUCUCUCUGGAUGAAGCCGGGGAACACCGGGGCCGUGAGAAGGUGUGUGAAGCUAACUGUCGCUCUUGAGACCUCUGACUGUGAAUUCCCCCCUCACCUGGACGUAUAUAUCGAAGACCCACACUUGCCUCCCUUACUAGGACUCCUUCCAGGAGCCCGGGUCCACUUCAGCCAGCUGGAGAAAAGGGUUUCCAGAUCUCACAAUGUUUAUUGUUGUUUCCGGACAUCCACUUGUGUGCAGGUCCUGAGUUUUCCCCCUGAGACCACCGUCAGCAUUCCCCUGCCCCACAUCUACCUGGCUGAACUUCUGCAGGGUGGCCAGACCCCAUUCCAGGGCACUACCUCUUGCCAUAUUGUCUCUGUCUUCAGCCUUCAGCUCUUCUGGGUGUGUGCUUAUUGUACCAGCAUCUGCCCCCAGGGAAAGUGCACUCGCCAGGGCUCCACUUGCCCUACACAGACAUCUGUAAGCCAGGCCAUCAUCAGGCUCCUGGUGGAGGAUGGGACUGCAGAAGCUGUGGUGACCUGUAGGAAUCACCAUGUGGCAGCAGCACUAGGGCUGUGUCCUAGUGAGUGGACCUCCCUCCUAGAGUGCGUCCGAGUGCCAGGCAGAGUGUCGUUGCAGUUUGCAGGGCCUGGAGCCCAACUUGAGUCCUCAGCCAGGGUUGAUGAGCCCAUGACCGUCUUCCUCUGGACACUUUGUACUAGCCCAUCUGUCCUCCGUCCUAUUGUGCUUUCCUUUGAGCUGGAAAGGAAACCCUCUAAGAUUGUCCCAUUAGAACCUCCUCGGCUACAGCGAUUCCAGUGUGGAGAGUUCCCUUUCCUGACUCACGUACACCCCAGGCUCCGAUUGUCCUGCCUUUCUAUCCGAGAGUCAGAGCACUCCAGCUCUCUGGGGGUCCUUGCCUCCUCCUGUUAACUGCAAGGAUGGCCUGAGAGUUCUUCCCUCCUUGCUGAAAACCUGAAGGCCUAGGUCCUGGCUCUUCCCCUACUUGCUCUGUGAUUGAACCAGGACUCCAGAUCCCUUGAUUCACAAACCGCUACUCCACUUUAAUUUCCGUUCUUUGCUAUUCUGGUGCCAGCCUGCCUUGACGAAAUUGUAGAAACAGGAAAACAUGGCACUGUUGAUAUUUCCUCUGACUGGGGACAAGGCACCCGCACUCACAGGCAGUCCUGAGCACCUGAGUUCUGCUUUUGUGGCAGGAGCUGAGGGAACAAAAGACUUGCUCACCAUGGGGUUGAUGCUGACAGGCCUAUUGACUUGCAAUGAAGCUCUCUGGUGUCGUUUC